AGGGUAUAAAGCCUGUCGACUACUAUAGCGGCAUGAUGUAGGAUGGCUACAAGGAUAUGUGUAAGAAUUGUUGUGAAUCGGAAUCCUUCAGUCCGUGCCCGCCGUUGAACGCUCGUUUAUUGCACGGAGAAGAGAUAAUGUGCGGAGAAUGGAGAUGGAGAUAGGAUGGAGAUGGAGAUGGGAUGGAGAUGCGGAAACAGCCCGUGUCGUGUCAGUAACUCGUUUGGUUUCAACCCACUGUCGAGUAAGUGUCGAUACUCCGGACUCUGUAAGAGUACUGUAAGAGCAGUCAGUACCGGACGAAGCCGGACACUUGCCGCUUUCGGAACCCCCCUCGGCCAACAAUUCAAGCCGAAAAGACCCCGAAUGAGAAGCCGAUCCACUCCGAACGCAAACACGGAAUGCGCGCGAGCCCCGAUUCGUUCUGGCGGUGUGGGUUUUUCUCCACGCCCCGAUACAAGCACGGCCAAGAUUUUACAAGAUUUUUACAAGCCUUGAGAAGGAUUGGGCGAAGGAUGUCUUGGCCGUGCCUGUGCUGUGCCUGUGCUGCUAAUG